CCGUCUGCGAGGCUCCGCCGGGCCAGCGUGGGAGAGCCGCGGGCGGCGGCCGCCGCAUCAUGUCAGCCAAGGACGAGAGGGCCAGGGAGAUCCUGAAGGGCUUCAAACUAAAUUGGAUGAACCUCCGGGAUGCUGAGACAGGAAAGAUACUGUGGCAAGGAACAGAAGACUUGUCUGUCCCUGGAGUGGAGCAUGAAGCCCGUGUUCCCAAGAAAAUCCUCAAGUGCAAGGCAGUGUCUCGAGAAUUGAACUUCUCUUCAGCAGAGCAAAUGGAAAAAUUCCGCCUGGAACAAAAAGUUUACUUCAAAGGGCAAUGCCUAGAAGAAUGGUUCUUCGAGUUUGGCUUUGUGAUCCCUAACUCCACAAACACCUGGCAAUCCCUGAUAGAGGCAGCGCCUGAGUCCCAGAUGAUGCCCGCCAGUGUGCUAACUGGGAAUGUUAUCAUAGAGACAAAAUUUUUUGACGACGAUCUUCUCGUAAGCACAUCCAGAGUGAGACUUUUCUACGUUUGAGAGAAGAAUGUGUGUGCAUUUCAAGAAUUUGGGUUUUGGGGGGGAAAGGAGGAAACUGUUUACUUUUUUCCUCCACACAUUUGAUUAUUGACACUUCGACCCCUAAUUCCCUAUACAAAACCCACUUGCGGCCACCAGGGGACCAGUUCUGUAUAGAUAACCAGAUGGCUGUUUCCUUCCCAAGCCGCCAUCUUCCACUGACCAGACUAAACUCCCAACCCCAGACCAGGCCAGAGGGUGAGCUUUGACUCCUUCCCAGGGUGACACAGGGACAAACGCUUACCACGAGAGCCAAUGCUGUUCCUGCCCCCUUCAUGCCUCCUCCUUGGGCCCUACAGGCAACACAUCUUCCUUUGGCUCCUGGUUUUGGAAAAAAUCAUAUUCCUGACUUCUGUUUAGUUUUUUUCCUGCAAUUUCUAUUUCAUACAUUCUCAUACAUUUACCUUGUAAAAUAGACUGAUAUUAUUAUUACAUAAUGAAUUAAAACAUAUGAAUUAAAAUAUUCCUACAGUCUU